UGGUUCUGCUGCUGCCACAUCUUGGAGUCGAGAUCCAAUAACUAGGACUUGCAUCUGCCCUCCUGUGAGCAGAAAGACAUCAGUCUAGGCCCUGGUUCUGACCCACUGGGUUAACUGGGACCUGGUUUUGACCUCAUUGGAGCAGGGAGACCUGGUCUGCGAUUCUACCCUUCCUGGAACAGAGAAAUCCCUGCCUACUGCCCAGCCACGCAUCCUGUCCUUCUGCAGUGUGAAAAUUCAGCUCCACAUCUUAUACCCCAUGUCCCGGCCCUUAAUGCUGCUACUGUUGGUACUGGCACUGGUGCUGAAUGCAGUGCCUGGGGCCAGCCUCAAGGACUGCUACUUCUGUGAGGUGACAUCAUCACAGAAAUGCCCCAGCACGCUCAUGAGCUGCGACAAUGAUGAGGACUGCUUUGUGGGCCGUGGUGUGGCCCUGGGUGUCUCUGUGGUGCAGAACAAGGGCUGUACCAGAGCUAUCAACUGUGGCAAGGAGCAUCCCAUCACCCACAUGGGUGUCACUUACAGCCUGGUCACUCAGUGCUGCAAAGGGGCCCUGUGCAAUGCAGGCACUGCCCUGCCCCGCCUGCCUGGCUUUGGCCUGCUCCUGGCACUGGGCCUCGCCUUCCUGCUGGGGCGCCCCUGAGCCUGCCCAGGAGAGAGGGGGACUGGGAUCUAAU